UGCCAUGCAGUAGUUGUUGAGCAUUGAAUGAAAUGUGUUCAUAAAGUUCCGCAAAAAUUUAUGAAGUUAUAGUCUGUCUAUUCAUUUUUGUGCGUAUUCGUUUAAAGUGCUCGUUUUAUUUUUAAAUUUUGCAAACAUAUGCUGACAUCUAAACUGUUUAAAUUGCAUCAUAAACAAAAACUUAAUAUUUUAAGAAAUGGAAACCUGCGUUCUUAUACCAAAGGAGUUCGCAUUAGUAACAACAUCAUUGACAUCCUUUAAUGAAUCACAAGUAACUGUAUAUUCAAUAACUGAUAUCAAGGAGGGAUCUUUAUUUUACCCGUUCCAAGGAACAGUUCGAACUGAUAAAUUAGAUACGUUAAAACAUGUUGAAAACAACGAUUGUCGAUAUACAUUUGGGUUAUAUGAUGAAGUUUCAUACAAAUACGGAAAACGAGUACAUCACUGCAACUGGAUAAGAUUCCUUACAGUUUCUUCUUCAUAUGAUUCCAACGUAAAUCUUAUCUGCACAAAAGUCAAGGGCGAUCCUAUGUAUGAGGUAGUUAAAUCAAUUAUGAUACAUCAAGAAUUAGUAGUGUACUACUUGCCAGAACGGCCGGAACAGAGUAUUGUUACACAUAUUCACUCAAUGUUGUAUAAAAAGGCAAUGGAAUCCUUUGUAAAAGAUAGUCCACUGGAUUUAUCAUUAUCAUUAAUGUAUAGAUUACCAAAUUUACCGCUUUCUCCUCCAUCAAGUGAAGACGAACAUAAGUCAACCUUAAGCAAUUGUUCAGAUAUAAAUAAGUACAUAUAUCAGACACCAAAAAGACGAGCAAUGAGAAACGAGAGAUCUCUGUUACCCUGUGACGUUUGCAGCAAAUCUUUCGAUAGACCAAGUCUUUUAAAAAGACAUAUGAGAACGCACACAGGCGAAAAACCACACGAAUGUUUGGUAUGCGGCAAAGGAUUUAGUACAUCAAGUUCACUCAACACACAUAGGAGAAUUCAUUCUGGAGAAAAGCCUCACGAAUGUCAAAUAUGCGGGAAAAGGUUCACAGCGAGCAGUAAUCUAUAUUAUCACAGAAUGACCCAUAUAAAGCAAUCUUGCACAUCAUUGAAGCUUGAGCUAAAGUUUAUAUUGUAAAUUUAUAUUCUUUAUAUUAAAAAAUCGGUUGGUGAAUCUAC